AUGGCGGUAGCGGGCUUGGAGAUACUCAGAGGAGACAAGCCCUGGGUCCCCAUCCCCGAGGCUGGGCUGGGGUGCGAGGCUCCUGAGAGGGCCGGGCCGCCUCUGCCGCUCACCUUGGCUGAUGUGCCAUCCCGCUGGGUGGGGAGGGAGGACGUGGCGUGCCCGCUGGGAGAUGCGCCCCGGCUGGCAGAGCACGGCCCUGGACAGUCUCCAAGCCUCAGCCUGAAGCCCUCGGAGGCCCCUGAACUGGAUGAGGACGAGGGUUUCAGCGACUGGUCCCAGAAGCCAGAGCCACAGCGGCAGCCCUGGGAGGCCGGGGGGGCCUCCAACAGCGGGGAGCCCCCUCGGAGCGAGAGUCCGGAGGGGCAGCAGGAGGAGAACAGGCCCCAUCAGCAUGCCUACGGGAGCCAGGGUGGUGAUGAGCAGAGUCCAGCCAGAGUCAGCCUGGAGGAGUUGCAUCUGAGCCCCAGCUCAGAGCUCCAGGACGGGCCGGGAACAGAGGAGACAGAGCCCAAGAGCCCAGAGGGGACCGUCCAGGGCAGCCUGGGGCCGGCAGAAGCCGAAGAGGCAGACGAGCAGCACCAGAAACACCAGCAGCCCAGGACGCCCAGCCCCCUGGUCUUGGAGGGUGCUACCGAACAGGGCUCACCUCCCCUGAGCCCCAGCACCAAACUCAUCGACAGAACCGAGUCCCUGAACCGCUCCAUCAGGAAGAGUAACAGUGUGAAGAAGUCCCAACCAGCCUUGCCCAUCUCCAAGAUUGAUGAGCGACUGGAGCAGUACACACAGGCCAUUGAGACUGCUGGCCGGACCCCCAAGCUAAGCCGCCAGCCCUCCAUUGAGCUGCCCAGCAUGGCUGUGGCGAGCACCAAGAGCCGGUGGGAGACGGGAGAAGUGCAGGCUCAGGCCACUGCCAAGACCCCCUCUUGCAAGGAUAUCGUAGCUGGAGACAUGAGCAAGAAAAGCCUCUGGGAGCAAAAAGGAGGCUCCAAGACGUCAUCGACAAUUAAGAGCACUCCGUCUGGAAAGAGGUACAAGUUUGUGGCCACCGGACAUGGGAAGUAUGAGAAGGUGCUUGUGGACGAGGGCUCGGUGCCCUAGGCUGCCC